AUGUCUUUUGAAGAGGAAGAAGGCGAAGAUUUGAGGCGUCGUGGCGGCUCCCGCUAUUCUGGGGAGGAUACUAGCCUAACGACACCUCGAGAGCUUAAUGGCUGGUAUUCGUACGCCAUUGCAGCUGAGGUCUUCGCUGUUGUUGGAGUUGGAUCGUUUCUUCCAGUGACUCUAGAACAGCUUGCUCGCGGUCAAGGUUUCUUCUUCUCGGAUAGGACCAAACCAUGUGUUGCUCCAUACCAAUCCGGUUCAGCCGAAAACCCAAGCACGAUUCGGAUUCGCGCCGAUGGACAAGAAGAUCAAUGUGUGGUCCGUUUCCUAGGUUCUGAAGUUACGACAGCAUCGUUUGCAAUGUAUACUUUUUCAGCGGCAGUGUUAAUGCAAGCCAUUACUCUUGUCUGUUUUUCAUCGUUUGCAGAUCAUGGACCAUAUCGCAAGAAGAUGUUGAUGGCAUUUGCAUAUAUUGGCUCUAUUGCUAGCGCUCUCUUUAUAUUCAUAUCACCAGGCGUCUAUUUCUUAGCUCCAAUCCUCGUCAUUAUCGGAGUAACCUGCCUUGGGUGCUCAUUCACUCUUCUUAACGCCUUUCUUCCACUCUUGGUGUCGAAUCAUCACGAAACAUCCAGACCCAUGGACGAAUCUUCCACAGAUGUCGAACUCGAAGGCCUCACUUCCGGCUCUACUACAUUCCACCGUUCAGAUCCUACGAAACUAUCUCGCGAUCUUGCUCUUUCCGCCAAACUAUCUUCGAAAGGUGUUGGUCUAGGCUACGUAGCUGCAGUAUGCGUCCAAAUCGUCGGCAUCUUGAUCCUCUUCCUAUUCUCGAAAACCACGAUCGCAAAAGCGAAUCCCAGUCUACCUAUGCGAGUCAUCCUUUUGAUGGUCGGUAUUUGGUGGGCAGUUUUCACCAUCCCAACCUACAAAUGGCUUCGAGCCCGACCGGGCCCCCCUCUACCCACGCAGUCCAGCUUCCAGCGUUCUUCCAAGUUCCGCACCUUUCUGUUCUAUACCAAGUUCUCGUUUUCGUCGUUUUGGAAUACGAUCAAGCGCGCUCUUCAGCUUCGUCAAGCCGUCAUCUUCCUCAUAGCUUGGUUCCUAUUAUCUGACGCAAUAGCCACCAUCUCCGGAACGGCAGUGUUGUUCGCCCGCACAGAGCUGAAAAUGGGAACCAUUGCCAUAGCCCUUCUUUCCAUCACAUCGAUCUCGUUCGGUAUUGUAGGCGCUUUUGCCUGGCCGCGUGUCGCUUCUCGGUACAGCCUCACUUCCAAGCAGGUCUUGCUGGGUUGUGUGAUACUGAUGGAGAUUGUCCCGCUCUACGGUCUCUUGGGAUAUGUACCCUUCAUCCGUAAACUUGGGUUUCUGGGGCUGCAGAAAGCCUGGGAAAUAUAUCCCCUUGGCAUCGUACAUGGUCUCAUCAUGGGUGGCAUAUCCUCUUAUGCGAGAUCAGUGUAUGCUCCGCUGAUCCCGGAAGGCAGCGAGGCCGCUUUCUUUGCAUUGUAUGCUGUUACGGACAAGGGUAGCAGUGCGGUAGGUCCAGCGCUGGUCGGCUGGAUCGUCGAUCGUGCGGGCACCAUUAGACCGGCGUUCAUAUUUCUGGCAAUCCUCGUGUUGCUGCCGGGACCUUUGCUGUACUGGCUGGACAUUGAGCGAGGCCGAGAAGAUGCUGCGAGGAUGGCAGGCAAGGGAAAAGAUCAGUACGAGCCAGUGCGGUUCGACAGUUUCGAGAUUGAUGAUGAUUUAGAGAAUUAG